AUUUAUAUAUUAAGCUGGUACAAACUCUACCGUGGAAAGCUCCCCCCGUGAUUGAUGCUGAAUGGAAACGACGUGUUGCACAUGACAUGCUUAUGAGCCUCAGUGAAUCUCGGCUUGCUCGUUCUAUUUGUUCACAGUUCAGAGAACGAUUAAAAGCUUCUCACGACCAGUUUGCUGCUUCUUUGCGUCAUCUCGAGGCAAUGCAUUCUGGCCGAUUAGAACGCACCGAAGAGCAACGCUUAAAGGUUCGCAAAUUGCAUGCACCUAAAUUGGCAAAGUUCGCUCUAGAAAGUACUUCUCUCAGGGAUAUCAUACUGUAUGGCAUGCCUCAAAUUGGACGUGAAAUUGGUCGGGGGCAGUAUGGAGUAGUGUAUUCCUGUGACUCUUGGGCCGGAUAUUCUCCAUGUGCUAUAAAAUCUGUAGUUCCUCCUGACGAUAAACACUGGAAUGACUUAGCAAUGGAAUUUUAUUAUACCAGGAGCAUUCCAGAACACGAUCGUAUAGUACAAAUUCGAGGUUCUGUUAUUGAUCUGACAUAUGCUGGUGGGAGUACACCUGCUGUCCUCUUAGUCAUGGAUAGGUUGCAAAGGGAUCUUUACUCUGCUUUAAAAAUGAGUCUGCCAUGGAAAAAUCGUUUGCAGGUUGCACUUGAUGUCGUUCAGGGUAUACGUUUUCUUCACGGCCAAGGUCUUGUACAUAGAGAUAUAAAAUUAAAAAAUGUUUUGUUAGACAAGCAUAAUAGGGCUAAGAUCACAGAUUUAGGUUUUUGCAAACCAGAAGCUAUGAUGUCUGGCAGCAUCGUGGGUACACCAAUUCACAUGGCUCCAGAGUUAUUCAGUGGACGAUAUGACAACAGUGUGGAUGUAUAUGCUUUUGGGAUACUUUUCUGGUACAUAUGUGCUGAUCAUGUAAGACUCCCAUAUGUAUAUGAACAAUGCCAGAGUAAGGAUCAGUUGUGGAAUUCUGUAAAAAAAGGAGCCAGACCUGAACGUCUACCUCAGUUUGAUGAAAACUGCUGGCGUCUCAUGGAAGACUGCUGGAAUGGAGAUCCUGCACGUAGGCCCCUGUUAGGAGAAGUGGAGCCUCGACUGAUGGAAAUAAUCGAUUACUACGAGCAUAAUCCAUUACCAAGCCGAGGUGUGGAGCAAAAGGAAGUUGCAAUCCUUUCGACGAGUCCCUAUAUCAACUUGGAAUUUGCCCCGACAUAGUUUCUACUCUUCCUCGUUCUUAUUUUCUAAGCAUUUAUUUGCUUAUAAUUGUGCCAAGUACAGCAGGAAGUUAAUAUUCCAAAAGAUGACUUUUCCUCUCUUUAUGCUGUCUUCGGUGCACUGGAAAACAAAUGUGUUAUAAUUUCAGAUAGAAUGUGAUUUUUGUUAUAUAUAACAUUGUUUAUAAUGUAUUUACAUAGUUUUGUAAAAUGUUUAUAGCUGUUAAAAUGAAUUUUUAAAAUGUUUAUAGAGUUGUAAAUUGAUGUAAAAUAUGUAAAUAUUAUAGUGAAAUUUUAGAAAUCUUUUUGGCCUACAGAUUGAGAAAUUUAGCAAUGGUAAGCAAGAUCUGCAAUUUAUGUGAUGAAUUCUUGUAAUCUAUUUUGUAAAGUUUAAUAAGAAAGCAUACUAUUUUCUCAUGUACCUGUCUAAUAACUGUAUUUUAUAUAACUUUUUAAUGCACUUUAUCUAGAAGUUCAAUCAUGUACCAUACUGUUUUUACUGUGUUAAUUUCAUAGCAUUUUAUAGUGUCAUUGUAUAAACUUCUUGUUAUAGUUUACAACUAUAUAUUAUUAAAAAAAUUAAACCUA